UCUGAAGUGGAAGAGACACUAAAAAGGAUUUUGUCUCACAAAGGUGUCAUUGGUGCGAUUGUCGGAAGUGCAGAUGGUAUCGCGAUCAGGUCAUCCAUGGAGAACAAUUCCACGGUCCAGUACUGCGGGCUAAUUCAACAACUGACAGCGAAAGCUCGCUCUGCUCUGCGAGACCUCGACCCGACCAACGAUUUGACCUUUUUACGUAUUCGCAGUAAAAAGAAUGAAAUUAUGGUUGCUCCAGAUUUACUUGUGGAAAAGCCCCACAGUUUGAUUCGCUAA